UGGUGACGGAGAGAUCAGGAAAUAAUCACAGUCAGGCAUGAUGUGGAAAACAACUGUCCUCCUGCUUCUUGUGCCUCAUCUGCUUUCCUCCACAGACACAGGAAACAGCACUAAUUUUAACCAAUCAGAAAUACUUAAUGAGGACUUAUCUGAUGCUCCUGUGAAAGGCCAGAAACUUUCUGGAGGGGUCAAAGGUCGUGACACAUGCUCCAUCCCGUGUGACAUCACUGUCAAGCUGCUGCGAGAUGAGAAACACUCAAUCUGUGGGCAGUUACAGCAGUCUCUGUUGGCGUUCGGGCGCAGCACUCGGAAGCUGAUGAGGGAUGUGAUGGAGGAGCAGCAGAGAGCCCUGGACAUCCUCAGCAGUCAGGUUACAGAGCUGAUGACCAAGGUGCAGACGCUCAGCUCCGAGGUGCAGAGAAGCAACACGGAGAUGUACUCCAUCAAACCUGUGCAGUCCCACGGACGAGACUGCAGCGACAUCAAGGACAAUCUUUUGUCAGUCGUCCCCAAGAUCCCCAGUGGGAUUUACAUCGUCCACCCAGAGAAUACAGACUCUUCAUUUGAGGUUUUCUGUGAGAUGGACUACAUGGGAGGCGGAUGGACGGUGAUGCAGCGGAGGACUGAUGGAUUAAUUGACUUUAAACGACCCUGGGCUGAUUAUGUUGAUGGCUUUGGAAAUCUUGCAGGCGAACACUGGUUGGGUAUGAAGAAGGUUUUUCACAUAGUAAACCAGAAAGACACUCGAUUCCAACUUCACAUUGCUCUGGUGUCCCAGGAUGAUGUCACCUCUUAUGCAUCAUAUGAUGACUUCAGCCUGGACAGUGAAACCCAGUUCUUCAGUAUUCACUUGGGCCGAUAUGCAGGCAGCGCAGGUGAUGCAUUUCGCGGCUACGACCAGGACCAGAACCAGGACACCGCUCCGUUCAGCGCCUCUGACGUGGACAACGACGGCUGUAAUCCUUCCUGCUCCAUCAAUAACCGCACAGUGGAGAGCUGCAGCGCCCAGCAGAACCAGACAGGAUGGUGGUUCAACCAGUGCGGCCUGGCAAACCUCAACGGAUCCCCCGAAGAUGCAGAGCAGAACCCGGGGCAGAGGACGCACAUCCUGUGGGACACCUGGAGACAGAACGGAGUCCCUCAUGACAUCAAAUAUGUCACGAUGAAGGUCAGGAGGAUCGCUACGAAUAAUUAA